GAACUUGUAGAAUACUCGAAUGUCAAUCGCCGACAAUCAUUGACACUAACGGCAGCUAGGUAAGAACCAAAAACGUGCUGGAACGGCAACGCAACUUGGCUUGAGCAUCCUGAACAACUUUAUGACGAUGCCAAUGAACGAAUCGAAUCAACGUCUUCACAAACAUUAACAUUGUUGCACUGACCGCCUCGAAAACCCCACGAUUCCAUGAUUCAGAUCCUUUCGAUAUUUGCCUAGCGCAACGAGCGCAUCCAAGAGAAUAGUCCCAAGUCAAAAAAAGGACCAAAAAGGAAGAAAAAAGACGUCGUACGCUAUUUACGAGAUAUAUCCUGAUACAACGCCCCCCUCGAAAUCAUGCGCUUCUCUUCCGAAUCACGGCCAGCCAGCUUGGCAAUAUGCUACCUCCUCUCCCUCGCCUCCAUUUCCAUAGCAGCCGACGCCGACAAGACGACCACUUCCACGGCAUGUACGGCAACCUCGUCGUCGGGCGCCUUCUUCGACCUGCGGCCCGACAUGGCCCUCAAGCCCAACGCGGACGGGUCGAAGCCGGCGCACAGCAACGGGGCGCCGACGGCGGACUACAAGGCCAAGGGCUACGACUACGGGUCCAACUUCACGCUGAACAUCUGCGGCGCCGUGGUGGAGCCCGUCGACGGCGUGAUCGGCGUCGACUCGAACAAGUGGCAGAACGUCAGCGCCUACUACACCUCUAAGGGAGACGUGUACAGCCUGGGUCUGCAGUCGAGCGCGCUGGUGUCGCGGGGCAAGGAAUUGGUGUUGCAGUAUACCGGGGGAUCGCCCUGCGGCAAGAGCAAGAAGAGGGAGGAAGAGGGGCAGGAGGUGGAGAAGGAGAAGGAGAAGGAGAAGAGGAGCUCGAUCCACGACGGCGCCGCGUACAGGGACCCCGACUAUGAACGCGAGUCCGAUGCGCCGUCCGUUACGGGCGCCUUCUCCGCGAGGCCGGCCAAGGAGACGGACGAGCCGAAGCGCAGGAAGUCCGCCACCAUAUUCUUCAGCUGCGACAGGGACCCCGGCGCGGGCGCGGCCCAGGUCUCGUUCAUCGCGACCGAUCCCGACGAGUGCUCGUACGUGUUCAAGGUCAAGUCGCAGAACGCGUGCGCCGGCGUCGAGCCGCAUAAGCCGGGGAGCGUGGGGCCCGGCUCGGUGUUCCUGAUCAUCUUCGCCAUCGCCGUCUUGGUCUACCUGCUCGGCGGCAUAUUCUACCAGCGCACGGUGGCGAACGCGAGGGGUUGGAAGCAGUUGCCUAACUACUCGCUCUGGGCCAGCGUGUGGAGUCACAUAUGCGAUUUCUUCGUCAUCGUCACCUCCUCUUGUGCCCGGUUCCUUCCAAACCGGAGGGGUUAUCACUAUGUCUCGGGCUCGCCGUCCGGGAGGGGGAGGAGUAGCCGCGAAGACGAGAAUAGGCUGAUUGACCAGUACGAUGAGGAGUGGGAAGACUGAUUUCGAUUUGCUCAUUCUAAAUUGUUGUUUUGUUACCUUUUUCUUACGUGUUAUUAUCAUAUUAGACUUUUUUUUUUGGCAAGCUCGUAGCAGUUCGUUCUACGCAUUGUUAGAACUAGACACUCAGUUAUCGAUCAAACUCAAACGCUGCAUACAUAUAACAGAGUGUUGGCCGGCGUUUUUUGUUCGUUGAUGGGAUGGGAGCGGAGCAUGGAUGGGAAACGAAGGAGAGAUCGGGACUUUAGUAUGAGCUGCUUUUGCUAGGUACAUGUACUAUUUGGGGAUUUUGAGGCUUGACGCAGUAGGACGGCGCAUGUGUAU